AUGGCCAUGAGCCUUUUCCGAUGUACCACAAAUUCCUACUCAGCCGUAACUAACACCACAAGCAGGCAAAAAAGACACCGUCCACAACCACCACCACCUCCUCCACCACCUCCAUCACCACCACCACCACCCAUCACAAUGUUACACCGUAUCUCGCCCCUCCUCCGUACGGCCAUCACCGCCAAUGCCAAGCGCUCGUUCCACCGCUCCAGCAUCCUCUCUGUCAAAGCCGGCGACGCGUUUCCCGACGUCGAGCUGAUGGAGGACAGCCCUGGAAACAAGGUGUCCCUCGCACAGCUACUGAACAAGCACGGCAAGGCUCUCGUCAUUGGCGUUCCCGCUGCGUUCUCCCCUGCUUGCUCGGCCACCCACAUUCCCGGCUAUGUCAGCGCGAAAUCCGGCGUGCCGACCUACGUCGUUUCCGUCAACGACCCGUUCGUGAUGAAGGCGUGGAAGGACACCCUCGUCAAGGACUCCACUCCGGGCGAAUUCCGAUUCCUUGCCGACUCCGACGGCUCGCUCACCGCCGCUCUCGGGAUGGAAUUCGACAGCGAGAAGAUCUUCGGAAACAAGAGGUCCAAGAGGUACGCAAUGUACGUGGAGAACGGCACGGUCAAGAAGGUAUUCCCCGAGCCGGACAAUACGGGAGUCGAUGUGAGCGCGGCGGAGAAGGUUCUCGCUGCUAUCGCUUGAGCGACUCUCUGUGGAGGAUUCUGACCCAAGGCGAGCAAAUUCAAUUUCACUCGGCC